GUUAGAGCUUGAAGCUGAAGAAAAGGGGGCGCCUUAUUGCUUUGUUAUUCCGUCGGAGAUUACAAGGAAGUAGUUGCAAGGCGAAAACAUUCAUAAUACUUUACUUCAGACGAGAUUUGUUUUUGUCUCGUCUAACCGUAGCCAAACUGCUGUAUAUGGAACUUGACGAUUUGGAUCUCGGCAGUUCAUGGCCGUUGGAUCAGAUCUCUUUUGCUACUCCUAAUAAUUUCAGGUUCCCAUCUUCCGAACAACAGCCUUUCUCCCCUCUCUGGUCUUUCUCCUCCGGAGAUGCUGCCGGUGAACUCUGCUCAGCUCCCACUCUCUUGACGGAUUAUUCUUCCCUCUUACUUUCAAGUUCGGAAUCCGAGACUGCAAUCAAGGACAAUCAUCAGCUCCUUCCUUCUCCCUCAUGGGGUGGUGGUCUAAUGCCGUUGGAGAAUCCAGACACCUACUGUGCCAUCAAAGCCAAGAUGACACAAGCGCUCCGGUUCUUCAAAGAAUCAACCGGCCAGCAACACCUCCUCGCUCAGGUCUGGGCCCCGGUCAAAAACCGUAACGGACGGUAUCUCCUCACCACUUCAGGGCAGCCUUUCGUUCUCGGUCCCAACAGCAACGGCCUUAACCAGUACAGGAUGGUUUCCCUCACUUACAUGUUCUCCCUCGAUAGCGAACGCGACGACGGGGAGCUCGGUCUCCCCGGCCGCGUUUUCAGGAAAAAGUUGCCUGAGUGGACCCCUAACGUUCAGUAUUACUCCAGCAAAGAGUUCUCGCGGCUCGGUCACGCCCUGAACUAUAAUGUUCAGGGUACUUUGGCUUUGCCUGUUUUUGAGCCUUCUAGGCAGCUCUGUGUUGGGGUUGUUGAGCUUAUUAUGACUUCUCCAAAGAUUAAUUAUGCUCCUGAGGUUGAAAAAGUUUGUAAAGCCCUUGAGGCCGUGAAUCUGAAGACUUCGGAAAUACUGAACCACGAGUCUACUCAGAUUUGCAACGAGGGUCGUCAAAAUGCAUUGGCUGAGAUAUUGGAGAUACUGACAGUGGUGUGCGAGACAUACAAACUGCCUUUAGCUCAGACGUGGGUCCCUUGCAGGCACCGUAGUGUUCUAGCCUUCGGUGGCGGUUUCAAGAAAAGCUGUUCCAGCUUCGACGGAAGCUGCAUGGGGAAAGUCUGUAUGUCCACUAGCGAUUUAGCGGUUUACGUCGUGGACGCUCAUGUCUGGGGAUUCAGAGACGCUUGCGCUGAACACCAUCUCCAGAAGGGACAAGGUGUUGCCGGGAGAGCUUUUCUUUCUGGAAACCUCUGUUUCUGUAGAGAUGUCACUCGUUUCUGCAAAACCGACUACCCGUUAGUGCACUAUGCACGCAUGUUCAAGCUCACUAGCUGUUUCGCUGUUUGCUUGAAGAGCACGUACACAGGAGACGACGAGUACGUUCUUGAGUUCUUUCUUCCUCCAGGGAUCACUGACAGGGGGGAGCAAGAUUCUCUGUUGGGUUCGCUGUUUCAGACGAUGAAGCAGCACUAUUCGAGUCUCAAGGUUGUCUCCGGAAGUGAACUGUUUGAAAACGAAAUGUCUAUUGAAGUAGUGGAAGCUUCAGAGGACGGAAUGGUUUACUCAAAACUUGAACCAAUCCAAGUACAUCAUCAUCUCCAGCUCAAUGCACCUGAAGAGAAGCUGAGCUUAAAACCUGUGGAGAACAAGGAAGUUGCUUUUCAAACGCUUAACCCUUCACCGGAGGCUAAAAAUGAGAAGAAAUCAGAAAGAAAGCGAGGGAAAACAGAGAAAACGAUCAGUCUAGAAGUGCUUCAACAAUAUUUUUCUGGUAGUCUAAAAGAUGCAGCAAAGAGCCUCGGUGUGUGUCCAACAACAAUGAAACGUAUUUGCAGGCAACACGGGAUCUCAAGGUGGCCAUCUCGUAAAAUCAACAAGGUGAACCGAUCUCUCACGAGGCUUAAACAUGUUAUAGACUCUGUUCAAGGCGCUGAUGGAUCAAUCAACUUAAAAUCCCUCUCCUCUCCCCCAUGGCAAGUCUCUCAACCACCAACCACUAGAUCACCAACCCAAGAUAUCAAACUUGAAAACCGAGAUGCAGAAGACAGUGCAGGUUCAUCAACCUCACGUGCUUCUUGCAAAGUGAGUCCUAUUAGCGAGACGCGUUUCCGGCUUCUAACACAAAACCAAGAAGCAUUCAAACAAACGGCGUUUGACGAGUCAGACAGUACCUCUAAAAACAUUGCUAAUAACUUUUGGACCUCUCAGGACACAGCAACACUCCACAAUAAGUUGGUGAGUAUAAAGGCAACGUACAGGGAAGACAUCAUCAGGUUCAAGAUCUCACCAGAGUCGAUAAGCAUCGCGGAACUUAAGCAGCAAGUGGCUAAGAGGCUGAAACUCGAAACUGGGGCGUUUGAUCUCAAGUAUCUAGAUGACGACAAAGAAUGGGUCUCGGUCUCUUGCGACGCUGAUCUCACCGAGUGUCUCAUCGACACGUCAUCUGUUGUGACCGCGGCGAAAGCAAACACACUGAGGCUAUCGGUUCAUGAUGUCACUCCGAACUUUGGGAGCUCAUGCGAAAGCUCAGAGGAAAUUAUGAUGUGCUUGUGACCAAUACACCAACUUUUCUGUAUGGAUUGAUCGGAGAGUUUUGUUUUGUUUUUUUUCUGUCCAUUGGAAGAUGAGUUUAGUGUUAAAAUUUUCAAAAUGUAUAAAGAACACUUCUCCGCAUCAAUAGAUGUUGAUUGGAAUGAAAGAAUUAAACUUUACUCCC